AUGCGUGGUCACUACAAUCCAAUUCGAUCUCUCAUAACACAUCCAUGUCGUUCUCUCCCACCUAUCCAGCCGAGAUCUCGCGUCAUUCAACCCCGCCAUCUAGAUUCCUCCCCCACAAUUACACCUCAAACGAGAAUUUAUGAAUGGUGGGCUAAGAAAAUAAAGGGGGAGAAGUUUGCUUUCGGAAAGAGAAUUCCUAUUGCAUUGGCUGUAGGAGGGCUUAUUGGGGUUGUAGCAGAUGAAAAGAUUAGGGACAAAUUGUUGAGAAGAGGAAAGGGGGGUGAAGGAGGAGAUGGAGAUGGAGGUGAUGUAAAUGGUAUGCUGGCACCCAUCAUUGGACCUCGAAAUAAGAGAUGGUGGGAUGAUAUUGUUUUUCAACUCGAUGAUGCUGUCGGAUUUAUCUAA